UCGAAAGAACCUCAACUGGCAGCUGAGAAAGCAGACAAAACCUUGAAGCUGAUUCAAAAAAAAUAGUUUUCAACUUUACUCCGUGUGUUUUUGGAGAUCAACUUUUUGCCCCUUGACUGUUUUGUGGGAAAAAGUGUAGUAUACAUUUGUGCGCUCGCUCAUUUGAACAGACCUCGAUACAGAAAAAGCCAAACAGAAACGACUUUUCAAGGCUUUUUCGCUUGAAAUUUGAAGUUAAAAAUCCAUUGGAAUCAGUGCUUGUAUUGUUUGAGUUUAAUUGCUAAACAUUGUAGAACAGUUUGUCAUCAACGCAAAGGGCAAAGGAAAAAUAAGAGGAAAUGUUUUAUUUGAAGCCCCGACUAAGUCAAGGCUGCGCCUUAGCCCUCGUCUGUAUGGCGAACCUCCUGAUGUACCAUCCCACCCAGGCCGAGACGCCCCCAGCUCAAGGCACUCCCCUGAGCAAUCUGUAUGACAAUCUGCUGCAGCGCGAGUACGCCGGACCCGUCGUCUUCCCUAACCACCAGGUGGAGCGGAAGGCUCAGCGGUCUCCCUCGCUGCGCCUCCGCUUUGGACGCAGCGAUCCGGAAAUGCUGAACAACAUAGUGGAGAAACGCUGGUUCGGCGAUGUCAACCAGAAACCGAUACGGUCUCCCUCCCUGCGGCUGCGGUUCGGCAGGCGGGAUCCCAGCUUGCCGCAAAUGCGACGGACCGCCUACGAUGAUCUGUUGGAGCGGGAGCUCACCCUUAACAGCCAGCAGCAGCCGCUGGGCUCGGAGGGGGAUCUGGAUCUGGCCGAAGACUAUGACAGUGCUUUUGAACGCGUGGUCCGCAAGCCUCAGCGUCUUCGGUGGGGCCGCAGCGUUCCGCAAUAUGAGGCAGCCAAUGAAGACAACGACCAGAUGGAACGCUCCCAAUUAUACAAUUCCCUGUUGAACUCGGAGAGGAUGCGUCGCAUGCUUUUGUCCAUGCAGCAGCAGCAGUACGAAGCCCCUGGACAUGUGGCCAGAUACGCCAACGAAGAUGAUAACGAUGCGGAUCUGGAGGAAGACACUUCUGAGUUCCAGCGAGAGGCAAGAAAACCUAUGCGCUUGCGGUGGGGACGGAGCACUGGUAAAGCUCCAGCCGAUCAGAAGAAAACUGGAGAGGAACCUUCAUCGGUGACUCCAAAGACACAGGACUAAAUUUGAUAGAUGAUGGCCAGGGCAACUCCAGAAAAAUGCCAACAAAUGAAGGGAAUCGGAAGCAAGCUACACGGUCAAUGUCCCAUGCCAAAUAUGAUACGAAAAACCUUUGAACCCAAGUUAUAAACAGUUUUUGAAAGCAUUUUGAGGUACGCAGGGAGGCAUGGGCUGAGGAAUAAAUACAUAUAAACUUAUAUCUUAUAUAUACACACAUACGAUUAACCACAACUGUGCAAACUUUGGUUUUGAGGCAACUAGGCAUAUACGAAAACCAAAGCUGACAUACUCACUUGUCUGUAAACUUUAACAAUGCGCAGGUAAACAAGGUAAGCCCGUUAUAUAGACUAGGAGUCUGUAAAUUAAUGAGUAGAUGCAUCUGUUUUCGAUCUGUAAAUGAGUUUGAAUUGAUUAUACGGUUUAAAGAAUUUUCUAUCGCCCUGUUUAAAAAUAUGUUUCCUGGAAUACAACCAAUCCUAACGUGCUCAAUUAUAGAAAUUUCUAAAUAUUCGAUUACCCCCAACUUUUAGACGGUAUGUAUAUAAAAAAAAAUAUAUAUUAAACAUUUUGAACAUAGCGAAAAUCUAUUUAAAACGCUAGAAACCUAUAGAAAUAUUAUUCAAAUGAAAGAUGAAUUUUUGAUUUCUAAACUUUUAAGCAAACUUCGAUUUAAUGUUACGACGGAAGUGUUUGAAAAACAUGUUGAAGCCCCCGAAAGCUGUAUUACUGUAACACUUGUUAUAUUAUGUGUGCUACAAAUUAUAUAUGUAUAUCAACUCUUAUAUAUAUUAUACGACUAUAUACUAUAUACAAAUACGAUGAACAUUGUCUAUUACAAUUUUAUUGAUGUAUUUUAAUAACUGAAGAAGUCAAACCAAAGCAAGCAUUAUGCUGAAUAUUGUUAGAAAACUUUUGUAUAUUUAAUUUACACCAUCAUUGAAACUUUUGUUUACCGAUCCAUACUACACACGAUAUAAGGCGCUGUUCUUCAAAAGACCCAUAUCCCGCUGAGCGCAACUUUCGAGUAAAAAUUGUCAAUGCUGUUUUCUAGGUGUAUAUCAUUAUGUACGCGUAUAUACCUUUCAAUGAAUGUAAUAUCAUGAAUGUAAAUAAAAGAACAGGAAUAUUAAAAAGCAAACAUUUUACUCGAUCUAUGCAACAAUUAAAUAACUCA